AUGAAACCUCUGAAAAUGCGCGCCAAACCCAAUUUCAUCAUUAUCUCUACUUGGCUGAUGACGUUGUCCGCUCAUUCUAUUGAGCCUCAGAAUGCAUCAAGCACCAGCCUAACCCCAGAUCUGUUUCCUCUCAGCCAAUAUGCUGACACUGCGGCACUCUUCCCGAUGCCCACCUGUGGCAGUUUCCAGCUUGAAGAAGCGAGCAUCGAUCAGAUGCAAGAGGCGAUGGCCAACGGCAGUCUCACUUCCCAACAGCUGGUAGCCUGCUACAUCACUCGCACAUACCAGACCAACUCUUAUAUAAACACGCUCCUACAGCUCAAUCCUGACGUUCUUGCCAUCGCAGCACAAAUGGACAACGAGCGCACAGCAGGCCGUGUUCGGGGUCCGCUGCAUGGGAUUCCCUUCACGGUUAAAGAUAACAUCGCCACGAAAGAUAAUCUCGAGACGACUGCGGGCAGCUGGGCUCUGCUAGGGAGUGUCGUGCCACGGGACGCUUUCGUGGUGAACCAGCUGCGCGAAGCGGGCGCCGUGCUGUUUGGAAAGGCCACACUGAGCGAGUGGGCAGACAUGCGAAGCAACAGCUACUCUGAGGGCUACUCGGGACGGGGUGGUCAGGCCAGGAGCGCGUACAAUUUGACGUCGUCGCCAGGUGGGAGUAGCUCUGGUAGUGCGGCAGGGGUCGCUGCUAACGCCAUCGCGUUCUCUCUUGGGACGGAAACAGACGGGAGUGUGAUCAAUCCGGCCGAGAGGAAUGCUAUUGUGGGAAUCAAGCCCACUGUUGGUCUCACAUCAAGGAGCGGCGUGAUUCCCGAGUCGGAGCACCAGGAUACGGUAGGAACUUUUGGCCGUACUGUUCGGGACGCCACUUAUGCCUUGGAUGCAAUAUAUGGAAUCGAUCCUAGGGACAACUACACACUGGCCCAGAAUGAAAACACGCCCGAUGGUGGAUAUUCUCGAUUUCUUGCCAAUAGAACCAGCCUCGAAGGCGCUGUCUUCGGCCUCCCCUGGAAGAGCUUCUGGAUUUAUGCCGACUCCGAGCAAGAGGAAGUCCUCAUCUCCAUCUUGGACCUUAUUCAGUCUGCCGGGGCCACCAUUUUGAACGAGACUGAGAUCCUGGACUACGAAAAUCUGGUGAGCAAUGAUGGUUGGAACUGGGAUUGGGGUACUGCCAGAGGUUACUCCAACGAAAGCGAGUACACAGUAGUUGCAGUCGAUUUCUACAACAACAUACAGUCGUAUCUUUCGGAGCUGAACAACACAGAUAUAAAGACGUUCGAAGACAUUGUCAACUUCAACUACGCCAACGAUGGGAGCGAAGGUGGCUACCCCUACCCAGACGAAGGAGGAAUUCCUGCCUUCGCAUCGGGUCAAGACGGCUUUCUAGCCUCCCUGGCUACCGGUGGGAUCCGAAACGAAACCUAUUGGCAAGCUCUUUCGUUUUGCCAAGGCAGGACCAGGGAUGGCAUCGACUGGGCUCUCAAAGGUGGCGAACAGAAGAUCCCAGGAGGAAAGGCUAAACUCGAUGGGCUCCUCGUACCCCCUGACGUCGGGCAGUCGUAUCAGAUCGCUGCACAGGCAGGGUAUCCCGUAAUUACGAUUCCAGCAGGCGUGCAUUCAGAAGAUGGAAUGCCAUUUGGACUUGCCAUCAUGCAGACUGCUUGGGCGGAAGAGGAGCUCGUAAAGUGGGCGAGUGCUAUCGAGGAUUUGCAGCACACAACAGACGGUUGGCUGCACAAAAGAACACUGCCCGAGUGGAGAUCCUAUUUGCGAAGGAACAUACCAAUCCUGUGA